UGACUUCAUUGGCUGAUCUAAUUCUCUUUUCCGCAGUGAAGAAAAAAAGGAAACAAGAUGGCGGCAAAGACGGGAUCUAUUAAGCAUAUUUUUGCAGAGAAGAGCAGGGAGAGACUGCUUCUUCAUAAGGGUUAUUCACUUAUUGGGUCAGACUCUGAUGACGAAGAAAGUAGAUGCGAGUUUUUCCGUCGGCCGGGAGAUGCAAUUAUCAAUUUCUGGAAAGCUUUGCAAGAAAUGUUUGUUAAAGCAUGGCAAUUCGGUCUUUCGGAUCCCAGGAAGGCCAUAUUCGCAGCUAAGAUUGGUCUAGCAUUGGUGCUAAUAUCUGUGCUUGUAUUCUUGAAAGAAGAACCCUUCAAGGAUCUCAGUCGUUAUUCCGUUUGGGCUCUUCUCACUGUCGUAGUUGUCUUCGAGUUCAGCAUAGGAGCAACCCUUAGUAAGGGGUUGAAUCGUGGGUUGGGAACGUUGUCUGCUGGAGGACUUGCUCUGGGCAUGGCAGAGCUGUGUACACUAACUGGAGAGUGGGAAGAGGUUUUCAUUGUUAUGAGUAUUUUUGUAGUAGGAUUUGUUGCAUCCUUUGCGAAACUGUACCCCACGAUGAAGCCAUAUGAAUAUGGAUUUCGGGUGUUCUUGUUGACAUAUUGUUUCAUAAUGGUAUCUGGGUAUAGGACGAAGCAAUUUAUCGAGACAGCAGUAAGUCGCUUCCUGCUCAUUGCCCUUGGUGCCUCUGUUUGUUUGGUUGUAAACAUAUGCAUUUACCCUAUUUGGGCUGGAGAAGAUCUGCACAACUUGGUGGUAAAAAAUUUCAUGGGUGUUGCGACUUCCUUGGAAGGUAUUGUUAGUGCAUACCUGCAAUGUGUUGAAUAUGAUAGGGUUCCUUCAAAAAUUCUUACCUACCAAGCUUUGGAUGAUCCAAUGUACAGUGGCUACAGGUCAGCUGUAGAAUCUACCAGCCAAGAGGAAAGUCUGAUAAGUUUUGCCAUCUGGGAGCCGCCACAUGGUCCAUAUAAAAUGUUCAAUUAUCCCUGGAAGAACUAUGCCAAAUUAAGCGGUGCAUUGAGAUAUUGUGCAUUCAUGGUCAUGGCUUUGCAUGGAUGUAUACUUUCAGAAAUACAGGCACCCCCAGAAAAAAGAAUAGUCUUUCAUAAUGAGCUGCUGAAAGUAGGUACCGAAGCUGCUAAAUUGUUACGUGAACUUGGCAACAAAGUCAAAAAAAUGGAGAAGUUGAGCCCUGGAGACAUACUUUCAGAGGUGCAUGAAGCAGCAGACGAAUUGCAGAAGAAGAUAGAUCAAAAAUCAUAUCUUCUCGUGGACUCCGAGAGCUGGGAAAUCGGAAAACGACCAACAAAAGACAUGGAAAUUGCUGAGGAUGCUCUCAAUGGUCUAAAUGAUGAGAGAAGGUUCCUGGGGAUCAAGUCCCUCAGUGAAGCUGUGCUGGAUAUUAGGUCAACCCCACGGUCAAAAACCUUGGAUAUUCGAAAUAGUAGACCAGUUGUGAACUCCUCCCAGCCACCAGGUCCCUCAGACAACAUGUUCAAAUCAUGGCCUUCACGUUUCUCAAUGAAUCCUCACAUUGUUAUUGAAGAAGAAUCAAAAACAUAUGAAAGUGCAAGUGCCUUGUCUUUGGCAACAUUUGCUUCACUCUUGAUCGAAUUUGUUGCAAGACUACAAAAUCUUGUUGAUUCAUAUGAAGAACUUUGUGAGAAAGCAAAAUUUAAGGAACCCGUUGAGGAAUCUGCUGCAACAGAGGUGGUUGGGUUUUGGACAAGAUUGUCUAGACAAUUCUGGUUCAGGAAUUGAGAUUUGGACAUCUAUUGAUUCAAGAUCAUUAACUGAAUGCCAUAAUGAAGCCCAGACAGAUUUAUGAAAAGGGCUAUAGUUGAAUGAAAAG